UCUCCCGCGGAGACUUCCAGGGACCCUGUACUGAUCACAGUUCUCGCGAGAUUCCGCCUGCGGAAGGGGCCGGGAUUUCGUGACGGCUCCAUCCAAGAUGGCGGCUCCCAGCUGCAAGCUGCUCGUGCAGCGGAUAAAGGCCGGCUUACCGAGUUUUAUCCAGGUGCGAUGGAGCCGGUACAACCCUCAGUUCUUGGACCCUGUCCCUGAUAAGGAGAAGUAUAGGCUUCCCAUAGAGGAGCUCAGCAAAGAAGAACGGGAGGAAUGGGAACUUAAGGCUGUCAGGCCCAUCAAGGCAUGUCCACCCGGACUGAGCAGCUCCGUCUUCAGUGACCCGGCCAUAAGCAAAUUCACCAACAUGAUGAUGAAGGGCGGUGAGAAGAUUUUGGCACGACAAAUCAUGAACAAGACAUUGGAGAAAAUAAAGAGAAUACAGUUGGAGAAGUAUUACAAGGCCAGCCCAGAGGAGAGGGAGAACAUCGAGUGCAACCCUUACGUCAUAUUCAAUCAGGCUGUGGAGCAAUGCACACCCAUCAUUGGCCUCACGAGUAUCCUGAAAGGAGGGAAAUCCUAUCAGGUCCCCGUACCGCUCACUGACCAAAAGCGUCGAUUUAUGGCAAUGAAGUGGAUCAUCACUGAAGGCAGAGAGAAGAAAGCUCGCCGCACCUUUAUGUAUGACAGGCUUGCAGAUAUACUGCUGGAAGCCUGGCGUGGGGAGGGCAAUAUUGUUAAAAGGAAGCAUGACCUCCAUAAAAUGGCAGAGGCAAACCGAGCCUUUGCUCACUUCCGGUGGUGGUAGACAUGGAACCUGUAUGACAGCAGAGGACUGAUACUCCAGGAGGAGCUUGAUGUAUAUAAAUUGUCGUUGAAGUGUGCAGUGUAAAUAUGUUUUCAUUAUUAAAGAGGUAAAAUUGUAUUUAUAGG